AUGGCGUCCAAUAAUCCCGGCUACACAUACCCGCGCCCGCAACAACAGCAGCAGCAUCAGCAGCAGCCCCAACAGCAGCACCCCUCGAUCCAGAACCACACCCACAUCCAGCAGAGCUUCUCACAGCAGGGAAACUACGGCGUAAGUAGAGGUGGCGGAGAUGUCGGCAGUGGUGGAGGAGGAGGAGGUGGUGGUGGUGAAGCUUCGGGAAGGACUGAAUAUGCGGCAGAGAGAUGGCCCGACUACGGGGCUCCGCAGCAGCACCAUGGACAGUACUCGCCUGGGCUCCAGCACGUCCAGGCACCUUCGUCUAUUAACUCUAGGACAUCUACUGUUAGCCCAGUACCGGGCCGCGCAGUGGGCACUUUCAAUGGCGGAGGCAGUAGUGGUGGAGGUGGAGGAGUGGGAAUGGCAGUAGGAGGAGGAGGAGGGGGAGGAGGGGGAGGCUACGACCAAUACACUGGCGCGCACUAUCAAUCGCAACCAUCAGCCACCACCGCUGCUACCGCAAACCAGGGCAGCUCGCGGACCGUGACUGCGGGCGCUAGUUUUGGCGGCUACAACAACUACGGCACCCACUACACGCAGUCGCAGCCGCCCAUAACCAUCGCCGAGAUGCAACAGCAGCAGCAGCAGCGCACGGCACCGCAGCAGCGAGUGGCGGCGCCAGAGUAUAUCGACUACUCCACUGCCGCUGCUGCUGCCCCCUCUACCCACGCGCACACCCACACGCACACCCACACCCCUGCAACAACCGCGUCGCAGAACUACACGCCAUCGUACCAGACUGCAGACUCGAUCCGCACGCAGCAGGCAACGUCCCUGUCCACGCCCACGCCCGUGUACCAGAACGCCGCCGCCGCCGCUACCACCACCGUCCCAUCAUCCUAUGAGGGCACAUACACACCCGUGGACCCGCAACCCCAGCGGCAGCAGCAGCAGCAUCGUCCACGACAACCCCAGGCCCAGCCUGCCGCCCCUGCACAACAACCCGCGAAACAGAAACAGCAGCCUCGCGCCCCCCAAUUCCAAUCGGUGAACCAGCAGCAGCAGUCACGCAACCCCCAACUCCAGGCCGUGAAGUCGCCGCAAUACCAACAACAGCCCGCGCCUGCCGCAACGAUGCAGUACAGCAAUGCCUUUUCCCAGUCGCAGCAGCAGCAGCAGCAGCAGCAGCAACAGCAACAGCAACAGCAGGAGCAACCAGCGAUCCAGCGCACACCCACACCAUCUUCAGUCGCAGCGCCAUACCACCAGCCGGCGCCCGUGCACUCGCCCCAGAUCCAACACACGCAUGUCACGCCAUCGCAGCUGCACUCCCCGCAGUUACAAUCCCCACAGAUCCACUCCCCGCAAAUGCAAACACAGUCCCCGCGCCAGGCCCCCGCCCAACCCCAAGCCCAGAUCCCGCAGCAGCAGCAACAAUACCAAGCCCCCGCACCCCCCUCCGAACCCCCCGCCCAGCAAAAAGCCAAGCCAAAGCCCCGCACUAAGAAGCCGCAAGACCCGAGCCUCCGCGUCAAGGCCUGGGAACCGACAAUGCCCAUGCUCUACCGGCAGGCAAUGCACCCGGCGCAUAACUACAUGCCCUCCGAGCCGCCGGCACAGGGGCUCGGCGGCGGCGGUGGUGGUGGUGGUGGUGCCAAGACGAUCACGAUUGAUCCACAGCGGGAGCAGGAGCAGCGCCAGCUGAUUGAGGCCCAGGCGAAGCGGAUAGAGGCCGACAUGCAUGCGGAUCUGCAGGCACGGAAGCAGGCGGAACAGAGGGUGCAGUAUGAGCGGCAGCAAGCGGAGCACCAGCAGCGGGCUUAUCAGGAAGCGCAGCAGCGGGCGCAACAGGGACAGCAAGCGCGCCAGCAGCAGCAGCAGCAGCAGCAGGAGCUACGCGCUCAACAUCUGAAGGCAGAGCAGCAGCUGCAGGAGCAGGAGAAUGCGCGGCAGCGGCAGGAGCAGGAGCAGGAGCAUUUGCGCGCGAUACAGGCGGCCCGCCAGCGGCGGCUUGAGCAGCUGGCGGAGCAGGAAGCCCAGCAGAUGCAGGUGCGGAUGGAGGCCCAGCGCCAGGCCGACCUACAACAAGCCCACCAGCAGCAGCAGCAGCAGGCCGAACAGCACGCCCAAGCACCCCCACAGCACGCCCAAGCACCCCCACAGCAAGCAAACCAAACCUACCCCGAAACCCAGAACUACCAAGCAGCCCCGGCACCAGAAGCGCGUCCAGCGGCACCGGCACCGGCGCUCAACAAGGAGCUGAUGGAGGCGCAGAUGAAGAUCAUGGUGGAGCGGAUGCGGUACUACCAGUCGGCGGACCCCAUCACGUUCCAGCAGGUGUGGGAGAACGUGCGCAAGAGCGGCGGCGGAAACAAUGCAGGCGCAAUUACUAACGGUAGUGCAAACGGCGCGAUUAUGGCUAGAGACGGGAGCGCGGGUAGUAGUAGUGGUAGUGGUAGUGGUGAGGACAGGGGACAGAAUAACAGUAAUGUAGAUACCCAGCGGCAGCCAGCCCAGAAUGCCAAUGCCAGUGCCAGUGUCCCAGCAGCCCCAGCCCCAGCCCCAGCGCCGCCGCCUGCACCAGCCCCAGCAGCAGCGGUGGUGGCCGCCCAACAACCAGCGCCAGCGCCGCCAGCACCCGUAGUAGUAGCAGCGCCGCCAGCCCAAGCCCAAGCCCCACUGCGCAAGUCCGGCCCCGUAGACAUCAAGACCGCGCGAGCAAUCAGUAAAUACCUUCACCAGCACUCUGGCCACAGCCCCCCGGAAGCCGCCAUUCUCGAGCUCAUUCUCAGCGUCACGAGCUUUAUUGCGCUGUGCGACAGGCUGGAGGUCAUGGGGUAUAAGUUCCACCGCGGUAACUUCUCGAGGUAUCUUUUGGUCGAGGUUGAUGGUGGAGACGCUGAAGAAGAGGAAGAACAAGCGGAGCUGGGGGUGGAGGCGGGUGAGAUUGAUAUGGGGGAGAGUAGGGUGCUGGGUGAGGUGGAGGAUGAUCAGGAACAGAUUCUUAGAGAGCUUAAUGAGACGCGGAGGUCGUCGCCUUCUCCUGUUGUUGUUGUGGAGGAGGUUGUGGAUGUGGAGGAGAUUGUGGCUAGUGUCACACCUGAGAGGGCUGUGGUGGGGGCGGCUGGUGCGGGCAGAAGUGCGGCUGAGGAGACGGGUAUAAAAACGAAGCGGGGGAGAGGCAGGCCGAGGAAGUCGACGGGACAAGAACAACAACAACAACAACAAACGCAGACACAGACACAGGCGGAGAGCGCGAUGAUGGAGGCUGAGGCACCAAAGACGCCGUCUGCGGAGGCGGAGGCGGCGAAUGGCAGCUCGCUUCCGACACCGACGAGUGUUGUUGUUGGGGGGUUUGGUUCUACUUCUACUUCUGCUGCUGCUCCACCACCAUCAUCUCUCUUUCACACCAACACCAACACCAACACCAACACCAACACCAACACUACAUCCCACCACACCAACAACGCCAACAACAAUAACAACAACACCAACAAGAACAAAAACAACAACUUCAUGCCCCCCCUCUCCAGCAACACCACCUCCCACUCCUCCCCCUCCCCCUCCCCCGAAGCAGGCACGUCCCCCACCGCCGAGUACCUCGCAAAACAAUACGUGCCCCGCCGCCCCACGCCACAGAGCGUCAAGGCCCGCGCCGCAGCAGCGCCCGCAACAGCCGGACGCCAGUUUGUCGCGCCAUCGCAGAUCUACCGCCCGCCGACGCCGCCGCCAAGGAUGGUCGAGCAAGAAGACAGGGCAGAUGUUGAGAUGAUUGACCCUGCCCCUGACCCUGCCCCUGCCCCGGCACAGGAAAAGGGAAAGGGAAAAGGAAAAGGAAGGCUCAUCGUGAAGCUAAAGGUUAAGAAGCCACCCGCUCCCGCACACGUUCCGGUACCGGUCCCGGCUAGCGCGACGAUCGAUUUGACGGGAACUACGCCUGAGCCCCCUACACACAACCACAACCACAUGCCCGCGUUUGGCGAGCUGCGCGAAGCAGACCUAGAGUGGGGGCAGCACACGCACGAGGCAAGCCCUGAAAAGCGCCCCGUUCUCAUCCCCAUCCCCAUCCCACUCCCUCUCCCACACGCAACCCCAGUCCCACCCCCAGCCCCAGCACCAGCCAAGCAGCGCGAAACCGUGAUCCAGCCGCUGAAGCGCGAAAAGGCGCUCGUCAAGCUCACAUACGACUCCACCACCAUCGCGCGCGACAUCCUGCUCGUAAUGGGACGGCACCCCGAGAUGCGUGCGCUGAAUGCGCAUCUGGACGCGCUGCGGUCGGUCGCGGGGAAUGAGGUGGAUCUGGCGACGGUGCGCUGGGACCUGUUGGAUCCUGGGCCGGAGUUUGUGAUGUUUGGGGGAGAUAUGGCGAUGGAGGUGGGGGAUAUGGCGGAUGACGAAGAUGAUGGCGGAGGUGCUGUUGCGGCGAGAGUGGUGGUGCCGCCGGCGGUGGGGAAAGUUAAAGGUGCGAUACAGCAGGUGGCGCCCGUGGCUGGAGCUGGAGCGGCAGGAAGGGGGAGGGGGAAGAAGAGGGGGAGUAUGAGUGUGCUGGGCGCUUCGGUGGCUAGCUUCGGUGCUCAGGGCGGGUUCACGACUGCGUCGAAUGGGAAUAGUGGUGGUGGUGCGGGCUCGGGCAACAAUACUACUGCCACGCCCGCCUCCGCCUCCGCCCCGGCCACAACACCGCGGACUCAGACUCAGACUCCCGCAGGGAACAACAACAACGGCGGCUCAACCGCGCGCACAGCCAGCACCCUCCGCACCGUCAUGACACCCGACGCCGCGGCAGCAGCUGCCGCCUCCUCCCCCUCGCGCAACUUCUCCGUCGUCAUCCAAUCCCCACGCACCAGUGGCCCGCGCCCACCGCCCCCCACCACAACCACAACCAACGCCCUCAAGCGCAAAUCCACCUCGCACUCACCAGCGCCCAAAAAGCCCGCGCGAAUGCGGCGCACCAAGGCGCGCGACGACCCGCCGCCAUCGGGGUUCAAGGUGUUCAAGUGCCGCUGGGAGCACUGCUUCGCGGAGCUGCACAACUUUGAGACGCUGCAUGUGCACGUCGUGCGUAACCACGGGAUCAAGGGCACGCAUGGCGGGUUUACGUGCCGCUGGGCGGGGUAUCCGUGGGAUUUUGAUACGCUGGAGCUGUGGACGGGACAUAUGGAUUCUGCGCACCUGGACGCUGUUCGGAGCGAGCUGGGCAUGGGGCCGGCGGUGGGGCUGUUUGACCGUGACGCAGCUGUCGCAAGCGACGUGGACUAUCUUUCCGAUAGCCGCGGACGGCAGGUUACGCCGAUUGCGCGGCCCGCGCCGGAGGGGUAUGUGUUUUUGCCGCCGCCGCAGGUUGCGAAUCGGCAUUUGGUGCGGGCGAGGAGGUUGGGGGCGGGCAUGGAGGGGAAUGAGAUGGAGGGGCUGAUUGAUAGGGAGAUGGAGGCGUCGUUGGGCGUGGUGUUGAUUAGGAGGGCGAGGCCGGAGGGGGAGGUGAGGAGUGGUGCUGGGGGGAGUGCUGGUGCUGGGGGGAGUGGGAGUGGGGGGCAGGGGCAGCAGGCGGAGGCCCCGGAUGCGGAUGGGUGGGUGAGGCAGAUGAGGUUUACUAUCCACCGUCCGUAA